AUGAUGGCCAGCUACGUCAGAGCCUCGAGAGAUGUCGCAAGCAAUCCUGCCAACAAGGCCAGCAUGACCGACAUCCCCGACUGUGUUGACAUUGCCUUUGUCUUUCCCGGCGGAUACGAAACAGACAACUUUUGGAAAGUCCUCAACGAAACCUACGUGCCAAUGCUCCAGGCCCGCGGCACCAGGGUGGUUAAAACAAUUGGCAUCAAUACCCUCUUGAACCCCGCCUACCCCAACACAGCCCAGGGCCAUGAGGAUCUUGCAGAGUCCAUCGUCGAUAGUCAAGUCGACGAAUAUGACUUGGAUGGUCUUGACAUCGACGUUGAACAAGACCUCAGCUCCGCCCAGGUGCAAAAGGCAGCUGGUGUUUUUGCGGCUCUCUCGAAACGCCUCGGCCCCAAGUCGGGAUCCGGCAAACUCCUCAUUUACGACACGAAACAGGCUGGCAACACUGCUCUUUUCCGAUCAGUCUAUCCCUAUGUUGAUUACGUUCUCGUGCAAUCCUAUGGACGUAGCGUCAACAGUCUUGCAGGAACCUGGAAUACUUACAAGCCAUACAUUGCAAGCAGCAAGUACAUGGUGGGCUUUUCAUUUUACGAAGAAAACGGCAACCGAUGGAACGACGUCUCGUCCUCGGUGAAGAAUAGCCGUGCGUACCAGUUCUCUAUGUGGCAACCAGCUGGAGCCAAGAAGGCUGGUGUCUUCUAUGCUAUCGAUCGUGAUGGCGUUCCCCAUGGUUCUAAUGCCCUGGUGCCUACCAACUACUCUUGGACGAGACAACUUAUUGCGGCUAUGAACCCCUAG